AGGCUGGCUGUCCCGCAGCAGCUAGCAGAGCGGGACCCGGUGGGGCAGGAGCGGGGACAGCGGGACCGUGAGCGUGGGCAGAGGAGUGAGGUGGCCCCUGGAGGACAUGGAGGAAAGACCCGCAGAGACCAAUGCCAACGUGGACAGCUCGGCGUCCCCCUCGGUGGCCCAGCUGGCCGGGCGGUUUAGGGAGCAGGCAGCGGCGAAGGAGAUGCCAGCCAGUAAGCCUGCCAGGAGGAAACCGCCCUGCUCCCUCCCCCUGUUCCCCCCCAAGGUAGAGCUGGGCCAGAACGGAGAGGAGAAAUCACCACCCAACACAAGCCACCUCCCCAAGGUGAAGGUGAAGAGCUCGCCUCUGAUCGAGAAGCUUCAGGCCAACCUCGCCUUCGAUCCCGCCGCCCUGCUGCCUGGGGCCUCACCCAAGAGCCCUGGACUCAAGGCCGUGGUGUCACCGUUUCACAGCCCGCCUUCCACUCCCAGCAGCCCCGGCGUGCGGUCUCGGGCCAGCGAGCCAGAGGAGGUGCCCAUCAGCUUCGACCAGCCUCCGGAGGGCAGCCACCUGCCCUGUUACAACAAGGUGCGCACCAGGGGCUCCAUAAAGAGGCGCCCUCCGUCGCGGCGGUUCCGGAAGUCUCAGUCGGAAUUUGGGGAGCUGGGAGAUUUCAGGGCCCCAGAGUCGUCCCAGGAGAAUGGUGCCCAGGAAGAAGCCGGGGACGAGGUGUUCCUGUCCAAGAACAAGGCCCCAGGCUCCCCUCAGCCCAGCGAGGAGGCAGGAAGGGACGGGAGCAGGACCCUGGGGUCCCACGAGAGGCCCCCUCUGAGGAGGACGGACAAGCAGGAGGGGGAGACCCCAGCCCCCGAGAAGGCCACCCCAGAGCAGCUGCCUGAAAAGGCCGCCCCAGGUGCCCAGGAGGAGGCCACCCCACCACCCCAGGGCCCCAGCACAGAGGCCCCCGGCGCAGAGGCGGAGAGCGGGUGCGGGAGCCCCGCGGAGGCCAGGCUGGCCACAGAGCAGAAGGAGGAGGCAGCAGCGGCGAAGGCGGAGAGGGCCAGCGAAGCAGGGGAGCCUGCACAGCAGAGCCUGGACACGCAGCGGCUGGAAGAGGGGGCUGGGGGGCAGGAGAGCCCCCGAAGUCCCCCUGAAGGCAUGGAGGGCAGCCUCACCCUUGCAGAGGGGAGUGACAAGGGAAAGCAAGAGGAGGGGGCCGUCCUGGAGCCAGACUGCCACCCCACGACCGGCAGCAAGGUCCCCGAGAAGGAGGACAACACCUCUGUCCAGGACACGAGGAUGUAAGGAGAAAGCGCCUGUGCCGGGUGGCGAGGGGGCUAGAGACGGCUCCUCAGAAGUAGCAGCCGCAAUGGUAGCAGCGAAUGAAGAUGCCAGAGCGGACGACGGGCAGGAGUCCACCUGAAGACACGGAUCGUGCUUCCUGGUCUCCACCCCGCCCGGCAGAGACUGGGUCUGGGGGCAGCAGAUUUUAUCAGCUUGAGUUUGUGUUAUUUGAUGGACUUGGUUUUAAAAACAAAACAAAACACUUAUUUAAAACAACUUGCUAGAGUGACUGCUCCCUGGGGCUACUGGUCAACCCCUGGGUCCAGACACUGUCCACGCGCACCCACCCCUGCGCUGACCUCCGGACGGACUCUGACUGAGCUGAUCGGAUUGUGUGUCAAGUGCUAGCCUCUUACUGCCCUAAAGUUUUUACCUGCUCUAAUGUGAGUAAGCCCGAUUUCAGGUGGCCAGAAACAAAAAAGAAAAUAGCCCUGCUGAGAAUGUGAAUCCUGUGACAAAAAGACGUUAAAUUGUGUCAAGACCCCGAGACAGCCUUUCCAGGGCCCAGAUGUGAACGAGCCAGUCAACUCUUAAAACCCCGGGUCCCAGCUGGUUUGGCUCCGUAGGCAGAGCGUUGGCCUGUGGACUAAAGGGUCCCGGCUUCGAUUCCAGGCCAAGGCACAUGCCCGGGUUGCAGACUCCACCCUCAGUGGGAGGCAUGCAGGAGGCAGCCAAUCCAUGACUCAUCAUUGAUGUUUCUAUCUCUCUCUCACUCUCUCUUCCUCUCUGAAAUCAACAAAUAUAUAUAUAUUAAAAAAGUAAAACCACUGAGCUAGGAGAGAUAAUCAU